UUCCUUUUUAAAUAAGAAGUGCGUUUUUUGGAAUCGUUCUUCUCUUCGUCAUCGUUCGCCGUCUCUCGUUGCGAACUCUCGUUUUUCACCUUCCGCCUUGCCUCCUUCUGCAGUGUGGUGGGUUGGUGCAGUGUUGUCAGCUUAGCUUGUUUUAAGCGAACUCUAUUAUUUAUUAAAACUGAAAAAGCUUGUUAAAUGUGCAUCCUUAUUUUAAAAUGCAUCUAGCAUAUUCUAGUUUUAAAUGUCUUUUGUAAGAAAAAUAUGCUUUUUGGCAUGACAGUACAGGAUCUUGUUCUAUUUUUAUUUCGUUUGAUUGAAAUUGAAAUUUGAAAUUAAUUUCUAAUGUAAUAUGUGGGCUGAAGUGGGAAAUGUUGGGAAAAAACAAACAACAAAUUAUAUACAUCAUUUAUAUUAUAUUUUCUAAAAAUCAGCUUUUUGUUUUCUUUCCCCUUAGAAUUCGGCUCUUUUAGCCGUUUAUUCUGGGCGAUCCAGCCUUUUUUGCUCGGAAAAAUGGCAUCACUGGCUGCCUUUGCUGCCGUCUGCUUUCGCGCCUUAUUCAUUCAGUUUGCUUUGCUCUGUACACCGUUCACCACCGCCUCUCCACCCGCGCGGCGUUUCGAUUCUGAUUUUCCACUACACGCACACGGCCAGAGAGUGUUACCACCACCACUGCAAUAUCAAGUGAUGAUAUCUGCACUUAUAUCUGCCGGAUAAAUAUAUCUUCAAGUCCGCUCCUGGCGAGCAAUAAUCGGACCAAAUAGAACGCUACAUGAGGUGGAAUACCCAUUGAAAUUGACUGUCCAAAUAUCAUCAACUGGACAGUAGUAGCGGCAGAGCAGAAGAACACACAAUCCUCCAACGGCAACAUCAACAUCUGUAGCAGCAGCAACUUCAUGCCACGCUCAGCGAAAGCAGUCGACAGCAGCAACAACAUCAAUAUGUAGGCGCUCCACAGCAGCGGCAGCAGCAGCACACAAGAAAUACAAUCAAGAACAGCAGCAACAAUAGCAACAGCAUCACCAACAAGAACCCUCAACAACCAACCAACCUACAAAUAAACUCCCGAAAACACACAAAACAUUGAUAUACAUUUAGAGAAAAAGCGGCUGAUACACGGAAGCGCCACGACGAUCGCCCGGAUCUGGACACAAGAAUGCAGCACGUGAGCGCUGCCAGCUCGGUGCCAUCAGUUGUAGCCCCCGUUGUGACCACUGGUGGGACGACGAUCACCUUGGGCGGCCCACCACCGCUCCCCAAAUCGGAGCACAAGGAGGAUGGCAAGCCGCCGCACGGCAUCGAGAUGUACAAGGUGAACAUCGAGGACAUAUCUCAGCUCUUCACCUAUCACGAGGUCUUUGGCAAGAUCCAUGGCGAUGUUGUGAAUCAUCAAUUGGCGGCGGCACAUGGAGGCCAGCUUCCACCACCGCCGCCCCUUCCACCGCAGGCCACUAGUCAUGCGGCCAGUGCGGCAGCAGCAGCCGCAGCAGCGUCCACAAAUAAUGCCGCUGUGGCGGCAGUGAUGGCCUCCGCCAAUGCGGCGGCGGCGGCAGCAGCGGCUGCAUCCGCAGCGGGCGGAGGUCUGCCGCCGGCCACCAGCGGCAAUGGGGGCCAGCAGGUGACGGUAACGACGACCAGCAGCUCGACGGCCAGCAGCGGCGGGAGCACCACCAGUGGGGGCACCACGACCACGGCGGGUGAGUUGCUUAUGCCUAAAAUGGAGGGCGGCAUUCAUGGCGUGGACGGCAGCGGCAAUGGCGGCGGCAACGGCGGGCAGAACGUGGCGCUGGCGCCGGACGGUACGCCAAUUGCGACGGGGACGCACGUCUGCGACAUUUGCGGCAAGAUGUUCCAGUUCCGGUACCAGCUGAUCGUGCACCGGCGCUACCACAGUGAACGGAAACCGUUCAUGUGCCAGGUGUGUGGCCAGGGCUUCACCACGUCGCAGGAUUUGACGCGCCACGGCAAGAUUCACAUUGGCGGGCCCAUGUUCACCUGCAUCGUGUGCUUCAAUGUGUUCGCGAACAAUACGAGCCUGGAGCGGCACAUGAAACGGCACUCGACGGACAAACCGUUCGCCUGCACCAUUUGCCAAAAGACCUUUGCCCGCAAAGAGCAUCUGGACAAUCACUUUCGUUCGCAUACGGGCGAAACGCCCUUCCGUUGCCAGUACUGCGCCAAGACGUUUACGCGCAAGGAGCACAUGGUCAACCAUGUGCGCAAACACACGGGUGAGACGCCACAUCGUUGCGAUAUUUGUAAGAAGUCCUUUACGCGCAAGGAACACUAUGUUAACCACUACAUGUGGCACACUGGUCAAACGCCGCACCAGUGUGAUGUCUGCGGCAAGAAAUAUACGCGCAAGGAGCACCUAGCCAACCAUAUGCGCUCCCACACCAACGAGACGCCGUUCCGUUGCGAGAUCUGCGGCAAGAGCUUUAGCCGCAAGGAGCACUUCACCAACCACAUACUCUGGCACACAGGCGAGACGCCGCACCGGUGCGACUUCUGCUCAAAGACGUUUACGCGCAAGGAGCAUUUGCUUAACCACGUGCGCCAGCACACGGGAGAGUCGCCACACCGCUGCUCCUACUGCAUGAAGACGUUCACGCGCAAGGAGCAUCUGGUCAACCACAUACGCCAGCACACGGGUGAGACACCGUUCAAGUGCACGUACUGCACGAAAGCGUUCACGCGCAAAGAUCACAUGGUUAAUCAUGUACGGCAACAUACAGGCGAGUCGCCGCACAAGUGCACAUACUGCACCAAGACGUUUACGCGCAAGGAGCACCUGACGAACCAUGUGCGCCAGCACACGGGCGACUCCCCGCACCGCUGCUCCUACUGCAAGAAGACGUUCACGCGGAAGGAGCACCUGACGAACCAUGUGCGCCUCCAUACGGGCGACUCGCCCCACAAGUGCGAGUACUGCCAGAAGACGUUUACGCGGAAGGAGCAUCUCAACAACCAUAUGCGCCAGCAUUCAAGCGACAAUCCGCACUGCUGCAAUGUCUGCAAUAAGCCGUUCACGCGCAAGGAGCACCUGAUCAAUCAUAUGUCACGCUGCCACACCGGCGAUCGGCCCUUCACCUGCGAGACAUGCGGCAAAUCGUUUCCGCUCAAGGGCAACCUGCUCUUCCAUCAACGUAGCCACACCAAGGGCCAAGAGAUGGAGAGACCAUUUGCCUGCGAGAAGUGCCCCAAGAAUUUCAUCUGUAAAGGUCACUUGGUCUCGCACAUGCGCUCCCAUUCGGGCGAGAAACCGCACGCGUGCACUCUGUGCAGCAAGGCGUUCGUCGAGCGCGGCAAUUUGAAGCGCCACAUGAAGAUGAAUCACCCGGAUGCUAUGAUGCCGCCACCACCCGUGCAUCCGCAUCCGCAAAUACCGGCUGGUGUGCUGACGCAAGUCAAGCAGGAAGUGAAACCGAUCAUAAUUCCCCACCACUCGGCGACCACCACGAUGCACACCAUCCAGCAGAUAACCGCUGGUGCGGCGGGCGGUGCCGGUGCCGUGCAGCUAACACCGGGUCUGGUGCCGCUGGUCACCUCAACGCUUAUCUCGCACAAUGCCGCCGCCCAGCAGCAGUCGCAGAAGCAACAGGCAGCCGCCGCUGCAGCGGCCCAGCAACAGGCUGCCGCAGCAGCAGCGGCUCAGCAGCAGGCUGCCCAGCAACAGGCGGCGGCCGCCCAUCAGCAGCACCAGCAGCAAGUGGCGGCACAGCAUCAGCAACAGGCGGCAGUGGCUGCCCAUCAGCAGCAACAACAGCAGCUGCAGCAGCAGCAGCAAUUGCUGCAGUUGUCCAUCCAACAGGCGGCUCAUCACCAUCAGCAGGAGCAGCACCGUCAACAGCAGCAGCAGCAGCAACACCAGCAACAGCAGCAGCAACAACAGCAGCAGCAGCAACAGCACCAUCAGCAGCAACAGCAUCCAGGCCAAGCGCCGCCGCCGCAGCAACAGCCGCCACCUGGAGUGCCCAUCGCCUUGAUAAGUGAUCCCAGUGCUUUGGCCCGCGCCGCCAUGCAGCUGCAGCAUCUGCCAGCGAACGUGGAGCAACACCCGGUUGUUUACUAACAGUAGCCCCUCUUGCACGGCUACACACCCACCACAGCCCACUCCAGCAGCACCACCAGCACCUCCAUUGCCGCCACCACGGCAGCUGCCGCAACAGCGUCGACGCAAGCGGCGUGGUGAGAUGGGCCAACCAGUGAGCUAGUGGGCUAGUUGGUGAGCCGGGCUGAAACGACAUCCUUAUAUAGGACACACAGACCAUAACAAGCACCCCCCAUUUAAGCAGCUAGUUGUAUGUACAAUAGUUUUUAGCAGCGCGCUGGUUACGCUGAUCUAUGGCCCAGAAGUGAAAACGAAGCAUUCAGAGGGGUUAUUCUGGGGUGCCUCGAUUUUUAAUAUCGAAUGAAAGUGGCAAUCCUCCAAUUUUUAAGUGCAAUCUAAAAAAUUCUAUAUAUUUUUCAAAUAUAUUAUUAAUUAUAAAUAACAAAUUAACAAUUUAAUUAUGCAAAGUAAACCUGCUGAUUGUAGAAUAUCAACUUUAUUCAUAUUUCUAAAGUAAAAUUUAAUUCUUGUUUAAAUUUUUUUGUAAAUUUCUUUAUUUUUUAAACUUACAAAAUUUAAAUGAUAAGCAAAAGCCUAACUUUAACAUGAAUUAACCAUAAUCUCCCUGUGCGGAGCUCCUUGUUUUCCAGUCUGUUUGAUUAAUAUCGCAGAGAAACACAAUAGAAUUCAAUUUUGUAGCCUUAAAAAUUCAAGCACCCCAGAAAGACCAGUUCAGUUCUUUCUCAUUUCGCAAACAAACAAAACACUCCUCUACUAGUCUGACGCCGCCAGCUUUAACGUGCAAUACGAAUCAUCUCAUAGUUUGUUCUCGGUAUCUCCACCCCUUUUCUUUCUCUGUAUUUUUAAUGCCCUUGGGCGCUUAGCGUUCAAUUUUAUUCACGUGUUUUCAACAUUUCUGAAAUGUGUGCCAGGCGGCGCCGCGUAGAGUUGAAUUUUUAGCUGUGCUAAAUGCCACUCUCUUCUCGCUAGACCUAGACAUUAUAAGCAAAACAUUUUGAGGGGCGUAACCAGCAGAAGGCGCUUCAUCUUGUAUUUUUAUUGUUUUGACUAAGUUAAGGUAUAUAACAUCCAUAUACGGAGCGACAUUCAUAGAAAGCAUCCUCGUCAUCAUAAACAUAAACCUAUGCAUAGGCAUACGAUUAUAUAUACAUAUACACUUUAUAGUUUGUAAAUAACACACGCAACAACAACAACAACAAGAAGAAGAAAAACCCUUGGAAAUUUAUCGAAAAUUAUCACAACUGUAUUAGUUUUGCAUUUUCCAAGGACAGAAGCGCGAUCACUUUUACACAUAUUAUUAACCCAGUUUAGAAAGCGUGAUGAUAAUGAGAAAUCGAUUAGUGUCGAUCAGGCGAUAUAUUAUUAUAUAGAUAUGACAGUGGAACCGAAGGAAGCCUAGGCUAAGUCAACAGCAACCACAACUAACGAGAUAAUGAUGAGAGAUGAGAUGGAUUUAAAAACACACAACAAAUUAUUAUAUUUAAUGUUAGUUGAACUACUAAAAGUAAUAAUUGAGAACGUAUGUAGAUGCGAUGAUGAAUAGAACAUGAGUAGGAGGAGAAACGAGAGCGAGUAGUUUUUAGUUGGGCGUGCCGGUGCCGCCCAAUCAUUAUGAUUACAAUUACAAUUACGAUUUCGAUAUAUGGAUACUAAAACCUAUAACAACAAGUUAUUACCCCACUAUUAAAGUUAACAAACAACAACAACCCAUACAUAUAUAUAUAUAUAUAUAUAUACGACUAGGCACAACUCUAAAAUUAAUUAUAACCCCUAAACUGUGCUUAUGUUGAAAACAGCAACAACAACAACCAUAAACAUCAAGAAGAACAAGUUGAAGCCGUAAUGAAAGUAAUUAAAAAAUUGCAAGACACGCCCCAACAAGCGCCACAAGCAACAACAUAUCGCUUUAAAUUUAACAACAACAAAUAAAUAGAAAUAACACGGAAAAUAUGGACAAGAGGAAUAUAAAACAAUAUAUUAAAGAUGAGUCAACAAUGUUUAAUAAGUUAACGAGGUAACAAACAAACAGACGAUCGACCGACAGACAGACCUACACACACACACACACAUUAUGCUUCCUUUGAAUGAAACAUUUUAAUAAUAACAUUUAAUUGUCGAAGAAUUAAAUGCUUAAAAUACAAGUUUAAUUUAAUUUAACAAAUUGUAACUUUACACAAAUAAACGGAAAAUGUAAAA